AUGAACGAAGGUCAUUAUCAACCUCAAGGUAACGGUUACGAUGGUAGGGCCGCUGAGGGAAGAGACAGGAGAGAUCAAUAUCAGCAACAGACCUACCAACAACCACCUCCUCAAUCACCUCCUACCUCAGCAUCGCCCUUUGCCUUUGCUCCACCACCACUCUCAUCUAUCCCUGCAUCUGGAACCUCGCGACCGGUCUUGUCGUCCCAUCAUUCCGAACCAGCUGGCAUCAAUCAGCAAUACCCAUAUUAUCAGCAAACGCAUAAGAUCGCUGGGCCUACUUAUCCUACAUACGCAACAAGCGCACCAAUGGCGUAUAGAACAUAUUCAGGAGAGACGGAGAGACAAUCUCCGAUCCAACCUCCACUGACGCGCACACCCAGCUUGUCAAUCGUACCGACGAGUUCAGUCCCCUCUCAAUCAAGUCCCAUCACUGCUAGCUCUUACUCUCCUUAUGCUCACACUCGCCAAAUACCUACCACACAGUAUGGUACUCCCGCAAGUCAAACACAAUCUUCACCACGAGCCGGUGUUUACCCAUCGAGCUAUUACACCACACCUUACUCACAACCUUCUUCUGCCGAUAUGCCAAGAUCCCUUUCUUACCCUUCAAACUAUUCUGCACCUUAUCCUACCUACCUACCAUCGGUGUCUGCUCCUUCUACCUUACAGCAGCCUCCCCUGCUACGACACAACACCAUGGCUGCUUCCACGAUCGGCAUGGAUAUGAGACAGAAUCCCAAUCUCGGUUAUUCUUUCGCCAACAGACUACCAUUGGUAGACAGGCCUUUCAAAUGUGAUGAAUGUGUACAGAGUUUUAACCGUAAUCACGAUCUAAAACGACACAAGCGAAUCCACCUUGAUGUGAAGCCAUUUGGGUGUGACAAGUGUGGUAAAACCUUCUCUCGUAAGGAUGCCCUACGACGACAUUGGCUAGUGAAGGGAUGUCGAGGUGAAGAAGGGGCUACAGCUCCAAUCACUCCGAUGUACCCUAUCAAUUCACAACCACCCGCACUAUCUCCACCUACGCCUGAGCAUCCUAGCAUCUCGCCAACCGACCAUGUGACAAGUGUCGUAACUCUACCCGCGACUUCAUCCUUCUCUCAUCCCUCUGCACCGCCUAACCUAUCGAGCUUACCUCCACGAGACUCGUCCGAACCGUCUCAGAUCAUCGUAACCCCCGAUGAGAUCGGACAGCAACAACAACAGCAGAUGGCCAGGGUAGUCAGUGAUAUGGGUGUACCCCAAUCUCUGGCUGAACCACUAGUCAUCGAUACAUCUCUAGGCAGGACCAAUAGCUCGAUGGGCGAGACACCCGAUGGAUACUUUGAAGGUGUGGUGGGGUUGAAACAAGAUGGUUCAGCCAUGUUAGAUAACUCUUCUGGAAACUCCUCUCCAUUCACCAGAUUCCCUAGUUCACCUUCUAACGCUACGCAUCAUCAUCCGUAUCGAAGACCUUCGGCGAUGCCUUCUCCGGGACAAAGGACCAACCAAUCUCCAAUUGGUGGUAGGACAUUCGCACCUGGUAGUCUAGGAGCGGAUGGUAAACCAGUAUUCGCCAUGCCUUUCACGCCCAGUGGUCAAUCUUACAGCCUCCAACAGACUGAUGGGCUCCUCGCACCACCACUUGAGACGGGCGCCAAGAUGGAGAAAACACUCAGUGCGGACGCUAUGCCUGAAUCAUGGCAGAGGUGGCACCGCCCGUCUUUCCCAUUCCCUGCUCCUCCAGGUGUAGGAUACACUUAUGAUCCUUCUAGUCCUAUUGACGUCGGAGCUCAAGGUUUCAGUCAAUAA